GGCACAUGUUUUCCGAUGAGUCUAACCAGCUGCCGAGACCUGGUGCGCAUCUCUUCUGGAGACUAAUUACUCGGGAGUGGGAUGCGUGAUUAGCAGCCGGGAAUCUAUUUAUGCGGUCCACUCCGGUUGUGUGGGGUGUGUGGUGCGAGCCGAGGGACGGUGAAGAUGAUUCGCGCCCUAGCAGGCCAGGUGAAAAUAAAUUCGGCGCUGUGUGAGCUGUACCGGACUACAAUAGGCAGGCAGGCUCCGCUCGUUAAAAGUCUGGGGACUCUUGGAAAGACUUGCACGCCUAACUUACAGAUCAUGACUCUGAGAGGAAUUCGCACGGCAGAGGUUCGUGCAACCCAGGAAAUUCCAGGACACAGACCCUCAAAAUUUGACAGAAUGAUUCUUCUCUGGUCUGGCCGGUUCAAGAAAGAGGAGGACAUUCCUGCCGUAGUUUCAUUUCAGAUACUAAAUGCUGCGAGAAACAGGGCUCGAAUAAAGACUUGCUACAUCAUGAUUGGUUUGACCAUUUUGGGCUGCUUUACUAUGAUUGCAUCUGGAAAACAGGCUGCUAAACGACACGAAUCACUUGCCAGCCGGAAUCAAGCAAAAAAGGCAAAAUGGAAAGAAGCAGCUCAAAAGGAGCAGCAAACCUCAACUGCCAUUUCUGCGGCUAAAUCCUGAUAACCUUGUGCAAAGAAACCGUAAAAGUCAUACAGAUGUUCUUAAUUCAUGCAAGGUAGAAACUUCCAAAAAUGAUUAACUCAAGACUUAAGUGUAUAACCCACAUUUAUAUACUAUAUAGCCAUAUUAUACUGUCACAUUAUCCCCCACCAUAAAAAAAUUGCUAAUCCACGGAGAUGAAUUUUAAUUUGAUAGCCAUUUUUUCCUUCCACACAUGAUUUUAAAUUUACCUUCAAGAUUUUCAAAUCUUAAAAGAACCCUUCACUAAUAUACUGUCCAUAAAUCAAAUACUCUUUAAAUACAGGAUUAAAACAAAAGUUCCUAUCAGUUAUAAUUUUUAAGAUUUUUCUAGUCUUUUAUAAAGAAAAUAAUGGUUGGAUCAAUUGGGAAUAAAUAGUGUAUGUAGAGAUUCACAACCAAUGCAAAAUCCCAAGAAAAUAGUUUUUGUUGUGCAACAAUUAAUAGAUUCAAACCUUACUUUACAAGUUGAGCACAUAACCUAUGAAGACAUACUGUAAUAUGCAUUAUGAACAUAGAUCCACUCAGUAAAGGAGUUAACUCCUUGGAUGACACAUUAAAGAUGAUGGAAUUAAAGACCAUAAGAUGCAGGAGCAAAAUUAGACCAUUCACCUCACAAGUCUGCUCUGGUAUUCCAUUACCCCUCUCAACCCCAUCCAUCAUCUUUGACGUCCUUAAAUAUACCCAAUGAUUUGGCCUUCCCAGCCAUCUCUGGCAAUGAAUUCCAGAUUCACCACCCUCUGGCUAAGAAAUUCCUCAUCUCUGUUCUAAAGGGACAUCCUCGUAUUCUGGGGCUGUGCCCUCUAGUCCUAGACUCCCCCACAAGAGGAAACAUCCGCUCCAUGUCCACUCUCUCUAGGCUUUCCAACAUUCAAUAGGUUUCAAUGAGAUUCCCCUCUUCAUUCUCUAAACUUCAGUGAGUACAGAGCCAAAGCCAUCAAAUGCUCCUCAUACCCUUUCAUUCCUGGGAUCAUUCUUGUGAACACCUCUGGAAUUUCUCCAGUGCCAGCUCAUCUUUUAAGGGAACUGUUCAAAAUGCCUUCUCAAAAUGGACGCUAACAUUGCAUUUGCCUUCCUUACCACUGACUCAACCCCCAAGUUCAAGAGCAAGAUUCUCCCUAUAUUUCCAGUUAUCACUCCUUCCUGCACUAUCAGAAGCCAGGCAACUACUUUCUCUGUUGUUUGGGACAUUAGUGCAAAAUCCGGCUACUCCAUUGUAUAAAGACUAUUAAGAUUAUAGGAGCAGAAUUAGGCCAUUUGGCCCAUUGAGUCUGCUCUGCCAUUUCAUUAUGGGUGAUCCAUUUCCCUCUCAGCCCCAAUCUCUUGCCUUCACCCCAUAUCCCUUCAUGCCCUGACUAAUCAAAACUGCAAUUAACUUGCCAUAUAAUCAAGGUAACUGAUAUCAAAAGAAUUCAAUAAAGGUAUCGUACAAAGGCUCUUCAUAGACUAAAAG